GCCCUUGAACGCGGCAUUAGGCCUGACAGAAACCGUGUUGUGGCUGAGUGGAUCGUCUCCAGCUAUUAGGGCGGGCCUUUUCGGGCCGCUGCUACAGGGAUACCAAGAUGGAAAUCCAGGGGCUUUCUGAUGCCCAAAACAUCCACUCUCAACAUGGCGCCCUAUACAGAACAACUUCGUCUGCUACUCGACCAACAGUAGCCCCGUCGCCGCAAUUAAUUUCAGUCGAAAAUGAAGCAGAGCUGUCCGAGCCUCAGAGUGACAGCAACAACAACCCUAGGCCGAAGACGACGCAGUUUCGCCUGCUGGCUGAAGAUGGGAACGAGGUCGCUCGUUCGCCUGCCACUAAGCAAAGUUCCGCUACCAGCAGCAUUGUGCCCGAAGACAGGACGCUUCUGGGACUUCAUAACAUGAUGAAUGCUGAGAAAGAAAAUGUGCUCAUUUCCCUUCUGGGCUCACAUGAGUUUAACAGAACAGAGUGGAAGUAUGAGGAAAACAGAGAGGUGAUGCAAAUGGCGCUGCCUCUGUUCGAAGGGGAGGCGGAAGCGAUGCCGCAGAGACAGCUAACGUUAUCUUCUCCGGUAUUAAGGCAGCAGCGUGAGGACGGCGCCUUGAAGCAACCUCCAGGUGACAGCAUCGGUACUGUUAAUGCUGCGGUUGGAAGCCGCAACCUGGGGAAGAAAGCUGACAGACAAGCACAGGAUUUAUACGUUUUAUUUAACACUGGCCAAGAGGAUGGCGCGGUCACUGCGAGCAAAACCCAAGCGGAUAGAUCCUGUGACAGCGGUAGUACAGUGAAAGGUAAGGGAGCGGAGUGCUGCGGCUCGAUGGAGGCCGGCAGCAACAGCAGAGCAGCCUUAUGUGAGUCCGCCGACAGCCUGAGGUGUCCUGAUAUGCAAACACUGAAGAAGGCAGAGCAUGUUAUUAGCUUAUUAACCGAUAAUCCCGCCGUGCUUAGUGCCAAACAAGGUGGUGAUCAUCGAACCGUCGAAGAUGUUGUUUUGACUAACAAAUAUGGCGAUAAGAUUUGUGGGCAGAUCUGUACAGAAAACAGUGUCGACAGACUGCUCAGGGAGACCCGACCCGACCUCAGCUCUCUGCUGAUUUCGGAGGCGGCGGGGGUUGUGGAAGCUAUGGAGAAAUCAGCCUACUUUACAGAGUCAGCGGGAGUACUGGACGGUUCACACCCAGUCACUUCUUCCAGCAGUCCGUCUGCUGGUGAGACUUUUUCAGGAACCAUAACUAUAAACAACCAAAGCAUCAUUGUUACUAUUGAGAAUGGGGUCCUGACUCUGGCUGCCCCACCAGAGGGACAUGUUCACAAAGAGGAUGACAUGGUCAGCCUAAAGGAACAUCUAGGCAUGAAAGACUAUGAAGAUAUUGUUCUUCUCAAUUAUGAUAGUGGUACUAAAUCCAUCGGGAAGAUCAGCACAUUGGCAGUAGCCAGUUCCAAUCCACAGGAAGAGCCCAGACCUGGUCUGUCUGUUAGUGACUCUGAGCUGGCUCUGGUGGAUGACUGCUCCUUAUCAGAAAUGGGCACUUCACUAGACUCUUGUUGUGUUGUUAAACAGGAAGCAGGGGUACUGUGUGCUGUGACAGAGGCUGAUCUCAUUUCUCCAUCACCAAGAACCCCAGUAGGAGCGUGUGAGAAUGAAGACUUAAACUCCCUCUCGCUGAUCAGAUCAAAGAAAGACACUGUGGCCACUUUUGCUUGCCCAGAACCCGGUUGCUCCUCUACAUUUGAGUCCCGUCAGAAACUUAAGGUCCACCUGCUAAACCACGCAGAGGAACCACGGCCAUAUCAGUGCAAAGUGGAGGACUGUGGCUGGGCGUUUGCCACUUCCUACAAACUAAAGCGCCACCUUCAAUCCCACGAUAAGCAGCGGCCACAUACCUGUGAGUUUGAAGGCUGCGGCCGGAGGUUCACCACGGUCUACAACCUAAAGGCUCACGUUAAAGUCCAUGAGCAGGACAAUGCCUUCAUCUGUGAGGUCUGCAACGAGAAGUUCCGCAGCGCCACUCGCCUCACCAAUCACCAGAGGGUUCACUUUGCACCACAGAGACCCCACAAGUGUGAAUUCCCUGGCUGUGAGAAAACCUUCAUCACCUUCAGUGCACUCUUCUCACACAAUCGCACUCACUUCAGAGAAACGGGCCAAUUCACAUGCUCCUACCCAGGCUGCGAGAAGACGUACGACAAGGCCUGUCGGCUCAAAAUCCACAUGAGAAGUCACACAGGUGAGAGACCCUUUGUGUGCGACUCAGAAGGUUGUGGUUGGUCUUUUACCAGCAUGUCAAAGUUGCUCCGUCAUAAACGGAAACAUGAUGAUGACCGACGUUUUGUCUGUCCAGAGGAGGGAUGUGGGAAGUCUUUCACCAGAGCUGAGCACCUGAAGGGCCACAGCAUCACCCACCUGGGCACCAAACCCUUUCAGUGCCAUGCAGAAGGCUGUUGUGCCAAAUUCUCAGCACGCAGCAGCCUGUACAUACACUCCAAGAAGCAUAAACAGGAUGCCAGCACCCUGAGAACCCGCUGUCCUGUGGCCAAUUGUUCGAAGCACUUCUCCUCCCGCAGCAGCCUUAAGAGCCACGUUCUUAAACAGCACCACCUAAGUCCAGACGUUCUCAGCCAAAUGGAGACAACACCCACCCUGACUCCCAGCAGUGAGCUCAUCAGUUCCACCCCAACAUCAGUUGCUGGGCCUGGAGUCGCUGGGUCAGACCAGCUGUCCAACUUGGACCUGAGCUCUCUGUUCUCUUCUGUCCCUGAUGGUGCUGCGCCUACUGCUGGCAUUGAAGUGGGAGUCCCUGUGGCUGGGAGCGGCUCUAACGGCUCCUUCUCAAUGGAUCUGUCUCUGGUCAGCUCAGGGAUUCUUACCAUCGACGCAUCCUCAGUGGGCACCACUCUUGUUACCAGCACCGGCACCACAUUGGCCAAGCCUUUGGAUCCACUUGUCAUGGCAACUGGUGCUGAGUUGACACAUCAACAUGGACUGGAGGGGACUGUGGGAGACAUUCUCCCUCCACAAGGCACUCUCAACCUUGAUGAUGUGCAGACAGUUACCCCAGAGGCUCUAGGAACCCUCACAGCCCUGUCGAUGCAGGGUGCUGGAGCCUCUGGUGAUCCCACUCUGCAACACCCGCUCGGUUCCUCCAGCUGCCUCAGUGUGGAGUCCUCAGAUGCCUUGGCUGGAGCCCCUGUUGGCGAGCUCCUGGCAUCACCCUCCAAAGUGGUGGAGGUAGGAGCGCAAGGAAGUUCAGGCCAUCUGCUGGGCUGUGUUGAGGUUCUGGGUCCUCAGGAAGGAGGAAAGGUUCUCUCUUCGCAGUUUGUUUUCUCAAGUCCAAACAGCAGCUUCAGCUCUCAGAAGGACCUGGAACUCGCCAUGUCACCAAGCAGCUUUCUGGACAGUGGAGGUUCUGCCCGGACAGACUACAGAGCCAUCCAGCUUGCCAAGAAGAAGAAGCAGAGAGGUUCUUCAGCCACACCUGGAACUUCAGGAUCAUGUCAAAGAAAAACUAAAGCAUCAAAGGUUGCUGUGGCAACCGUACCUCUCAUUUCAUCAGGUGGUCGUUACAGUGAUGGAGCUGCAGCGGCCAGUGGGGGUCUGACUCUGCGGGACCCUGUUACGGGGACUCAGUAUGUCCAAAUACAGCUGCUGCAGGACGAUCCAACCAGUGAUGGUGACCUGGCCUUCCAGCUGAGCUCUCAGCCCUCCAGCUCUGACUCGCAGCUCACUGUCGACUUACCCGUCAACAUUUUACAGGUUAACAGCUCAGAACUGAGUUGUAAUUGUUUCCAUGCAGGAGCCCGCGGGGAUGACUGAAGAGGACAACGGCUCGGAUAAUUCCCAGUUCACAGGAAGCACCAUCAAUCUCCAGGACUUGGAAUAACGCCGCCCCAGCAAACUGCAUGCUCUCAGAGAGCUGGUGUGAGGACGAGAUCUUACUUCACCUUGAGACUGGACUCUGUUUAUUUUGAUCAACACACCCUGAGACUGGAUUCCACUGAACUGUUGCCUCGGACUUUAAAAAGCCUUUUUUGGAUUUGUGUGUACUCACCUGAUUGGUUGGAUAUGUUUCCACAAAUAAUGCACCUUUAGAUGAUAUGUUUUCUAUGUUGAAAGGAACUGUGUAUUUGUAAAAUCUAAUUUGUAUCAAAAUGAAAAGCUGAGUAGUCAUGUCAAUCAUCAGAGUUUCCCCUGAUCCCUGAGGUUCUUUGUCCCGUGGUUAACAGUCGGUGUGUAUUCCAUAGUGCCACAUUACCACUCAUGUACUGUUUAAGCUCUUGUUGCCUUACAUACGCCUCACACUGUGCAUGCCUUCACUUGCAGUUUAUCUGCCUUGUUCUUAUUUUUCACUUCUGUGUUAGUAUUCAUUUCUUUUUCCAUGACAUAAAAAGUCUGUUAAACCUGCCUGUUCAUGUGUUUUAUGUAAAAUAUGAUGAGAUCUAAUGCCUUCUUGAAAUAAUGUUUCUUUAUUUAUUAGUGGGUUUACAGAAUGGCUGAGCUAAACCCGUAUGGAUUAAAGAUUUAAAGCACAAUCUAAA